AUGUCUAUGAAAGCCGUUGUUUUUCGAGGGCCAUUCGAUAUUGGCAUCGAAGAAAGAACAAAACCUCGGAUUCAAGACGCUUCAGAUGCCAUCGUCAGAGUGAAGUUAGCUGGCAUAUGUGGAAGCGAGCUUCACAUGUACAGAGGACACCAAAAAACCGCAGCUGGACACAUUAUGGGCCAUGAAUUUACCGGUGUUGUUCAAGAGACGGGUACUGAGGUCACACUGUUUCAUGAGGGAGAUGAAGUUGUAUCUAUUUUUUCCACGGUUUGUUUGAAAUGUUGGUUUUGUCUGCAAGGCCUGACCAACCGUUGCGUUAAUGGCUCGGCCUUUGGAACCCAAUUGCUCGACGGAGGCCAAGCCGAAUACGUCCGUGUCCCCUUCGCCGAUGGUACUUUGCAGCAUGUUCCAGGCAAUUUGGAUAGUCGGCUCCUGAUCAUGAUGUGCGAUAUCUUUCCAACUGGAUACUAUGGAGCACUAAGGGCUAUCGAAGGGCUUCUGACACAGUAUACCUCGAGACUCACCAGCUUUUCACCCUCUGAGAAAAUUGGACGCAAUGACCAGGGCAAAAAUUUCACCUCAAUCAAUUCGACUGAGAAGCUCCAGCAAUCAACUAUUGCGGUUCUUGGUUGUGGGCCAGUGGGAAUAUGUGCCAUCGCUGCUGCUCGAUCACAGGGAGUCGAGACUGUCUUUGCAAUUGAUAGCGUUCAGGAUCGUCUAGCUGAGGCCGCCAGCUUCGGUGCUAUACCGAUAAUGUUGGGUCGAGACGAUGUCCAAGUUCGAGUGAUGGAGGAAACCGAUGGUAGAGGUGCUGAUGCAGUUGUCGAAGUUGUAGGAAACAAGGCAGCCCUCCGCUCUGCCUUUGAUCUGCUCCGACCAUGUGGUAUCUUGUCAUCUGUGGGCUUUCAUCAAGGAGAGCUGCCUUUCACGGCCCUUGAAUGUUAUCAAAAGAACAUCACUGUCAAUUUUGGUCGUGUACCAGUGCGCACAGUCUUCGAAGACUCUUUGCAAUGUUUGGCGGCCAAUCAGGAGAAUAUGCAAAGCUACAUAUCACAUGAGUUUUCAUUGAAUGAUGUUGCUAAGGGUUAUGAGAUAUUUGAGGAGAGGAGGGCGAGAAAGGUCAUCCUCAAUGUUUCAGACUAG